AUGGCUGAUGGAGGACAGGGGUUUUUCAAGGUUUCCAUGACAAUUUUGCCAGCAAACGACGAUCCAGCGUACGACAAUAAUCUUGCAGAUCACAUACCAGGAAAAAGAUCAAGGUAUGCUGAAGGCGGAAUGGUCGGUAAAAAAGCGAAUUGGACCAGCGUCCAAAAACUUAUCAUGUUAGCCAUAGUUCCCAAAAUCAAAGAAACGUACGAAAACCUGAAGGUGUUAUUUGAUUUAACUCAGCUGAAUAAUGUUCUAUUCAAAUUCGUAGCAGACUUUAAGUUGCUUUUGAUUGUCAAUGGACAGCAAACGGCCACCUCUACGUACCCUUGCCCGUACUGUUUUGUGACUUUGGAUGAAUUGAGAUAUCGCGAUUCCGAAGAAAGGAAUGCAAAGGCCCUUCUUUGGCCAAAAAAAUUGAACAUCAUUUCCAAAGGCUAUCAUGGGGAGGUUUUCGAAGAAAAUGCUUGUAGGAUCUUGCUGAAAGAGGCAGAGAGGUUGAACGAUACCGAAAUAUGUCAGGAAUGUGGUUAUUUCCGGAUUUUCCCCUUCAAAAAAAUGGAUCAGUUGGUUGAAAACUGUUUCUGCGUGGAAAGAGGACCUUGUAAUGUUGAGAAAUUAGUUGGAGACUUGCACAAAGCAGUGGAAAGUACAGGGGUUUCCAUCACCCUGAAACUUCACGUCAUCUUAACUCAUCUGAAAGGGUCACUAGAGUUUCUGAACGCCAAUACUGGUUUGGGCCUCUGGUCAGAACAAGCUGGUGAAAGUGUUCACCAUGAAUUUUUAAAAUACUGGGACAGAUACAAGAUCAAUGCGAUUGAUGCUCCAUCUUACGGUGAGAAAUUGAGAAGAGCAGUUGCAGAAUUUUCGUCCUUGCACAUUUAA